UCUCGCGGUUGACCAUCCACAGGCGACGUCGUUACUGUCGUCGUCGUCGUCGUCGUCCGCCGCCGCCGCCGCCGCCACCAACUGCCGCCACCGCCGCCACCGCCGCCGCCGUUGCUGCGAUAGUCGCGGGACCCCAACUGUGGCACGCUCAUACCUAUUAUUUCGUUUCUAUUAUUUAAAUAAAAUGAAGAUUCAAAAAUCGGAUGCCAUGAUUCGAACAAGUUUACUGACAGUUCAAAUGAUAAUCAUCGCUCUCAACUUAGUCCUGAUUGUGGUAGUGAUCAACAAGAGAAAAUGCAAGACGAUUUCAUUGAGUAUGUGGACGUUAUUGGUAACUAUGAUAAUUGGUUCCAUAAUAUUGGAUAUGGAAGUUCUCGUCCAGUACUUUACACCAACAUUACCAUUAUGCCUUUUAGCUCCAUGGUUCCGAGAAUUGGGAUUCGUGAUAUUCUACGGCGCAAUCGAUCUGAAACUGUAUAGGAUUUUGAUGCAGUUUCGUACUAGAAAAGCGCACUGUUGGACAAUAACUGACAAAGAUCUGCUGAAAUAUUUAUCGUUUGGUGUUAUUGUGGUAAUUAUUUACCUCACGGCCUGGACUGCAGUUAGUCUUAACUUCUUUAAUGAAGGAUGGAUUCUCUUGACGCAUAUUAAAACCGAUGAUGGUUUUUUAUACACUAUGUGUAAACCUCAGUGGUGGAAUCACGUUACGGAAUUCGGUGAAAUAAUGAUUUUAACUGUGGGUUUAUACUAUGGAAAUUCGGCACGUAAUGCUCGCGUGCAGUUUGAAGAGCGGCGUUUUCUUUUUUACGCAAUUACAGCAGAAUUAACUUUUAGUUCUAUUUAUAAUACUAUUCGUACAGUCUAUCCAAUACCAUUCCACCAGGAUGUGACAUUCAUAGCCGCCUUUUCGCGCAGCCUGUUGACUAAUACUCUUGCUUUGAUAAUCAUAUUUGCACCAAAGAUAUGGUAUCAAAAAAAAGUGAACGCCGAACUCAGGCAUUCAGCCAUAAAUCAAGAACUUUCAGAAUCAUUAAAAGCUGAUAUGGCAGAUAAAGACUUCAGAGAAAUGAACAUAUCAGAAAUGACUUCAGAUGAAAUAAGGGAAGAACUCAGUCGUGUUUAUGUACAAAUGGGAAUAUUACGGGAUAAAACUGUAUGUAAGAAAAACCCUCAUAUAUCUAAACGAAAAGGUGGAAAGAAAUUGCCACAUAGACGAUUUUCAUUACAGAAGAAAGGAAGCAGAGACAAGUCAUCAAUUAAAAUUCGAAAAAAAAAUAAAGAACUAGAUUCAUCAGAAAUAAGUGAAACGAAUGAGACAAAUGAAAUAUCCAAAUCCCCGGAAGACUCAGUAGUUAGCAAUGAAGACGCUCCUGCUGUCGGGAAUGGUAUUUGUAGUUGCCAUUCAACGACGGGGAUACACCAGACUACUUGUAACGAAUUUAAUGACGGUAAUGAUAACAGCUAUGGCGAAGGACCAUCGUGUUCAAAAUUCAACGCGUCGACUUGAUGGCUUUGGCUUAGAAAUACUGUAAUGUCCAUAAAAAAGUUAGUAAGAGUUGAAUUUUAUGUUACUAUGGGUGACCAACGGCAGUUUUAGAGAUGUGUUAGUACCUAUUUUAAAUGAAAUAGAUAAAACAAAUUCCUACACUAAUUACUGAUGCACUUUUGCUAAAUAAUUUAAUUCUGAUUGGGAUGAAAAACCACUAAAAAGAAAAAUCACGCUUUUUGGUACUAUUUAAAUCAAACUAGUGUUAAAAAUCGUGAUAAAGAAAUUGCUUAUUAAAAAGACGUCUUACUUGCAUUUGUUUGAUUACAAGUUAGGUUAGGUUAGCAAUAUUCUAACAUAAUAAAUUUAAGCUUAGCAGAUUACGAUUAUCAUCACUUUUAUUAUCAAAUCCAAAGGUAGCAACAUGGUUUGUGGUUUGUUGUAAGUGAUUUUUUCGAUAGGUACUAUAAUUUUAAAGAAAUUUGUUAGGUUGUAAAAUAUUUAAGUUCUCAAACCUAGCUUUAAAAUAAAAAUAUUGAAGAAUUGCUACAACAAACAAUUGAUAAUAUUAUUACUUUUAGGUUUGACAUUAGAUUGAUAAACGGUAAUAUUAGAAACAAUGCAGCUUAUUUCUUAACAUAAACAGUUGAAUAUAAUCUUGUCAUAUACCGUACUUGUUAGACGGACAUAAUAAAUACAGCCGAGACGUCUUCAUAAGAAUAAAAUUAUUUUAUAAAGAAUAUGAGUGAUAAAAUUACAUAACAUCGAUUAUUCAAGUCAAAAGUUUUAGUAAGAAAUUAAUUUAAGUAAAUAAAAUAAAAGCUAAAGCGUUUGUUGAAAAAUUAACUAAAUGUUUUAGUGAAUUUGCAUCCUGAAUUUAGCGCGAUAUAUUAAGCGUUACAGAAGUAAUGCUAAUUUUAAAUACCAUUUAUGAAUAUUAAAAAUAAACAAUUUUUAUAUAAUUA